AUGUCCAUGGUUUUUAGGUUGUCGCUUUUAGUUGCUAUUUCUGUUCUUUUACCUUGCAAGGGGUUAAAUUCAGAUGGGAAGUUCCUUCUAGCGUUGAAGAAAAAUAUCACCGAUGAAUUAGGGUACCUCAAGAACUGGAAUGCAAAAGAUGACACCCCUUGUGUAUGGAUGGGUGUGAAUUGCACAUACGAUUACACUCCUGUGGUUUGGUCUCUCGAUUUGCAUUCGAUGAAUCUUUCAGGAACAAUAACCGCAAGUAUCGGUGGUUUGAGUUCGUUAAUUUAUCUUGAUCUUUCUAAUAACAAUUUCGUUGGCAAAAUUCCUAAAGAAAUUGGGAGUUUAACGAAUUUAGAGAUGCUGUUCUUGAAUGGUAAUCAGUUCGAUGGAGUCAUACCAAAUGAGAUUGGAAAUCUAACUCUUUUGAGUCAUUUGAAUAUAUGCAAUAACCAGAUUUCCGGUUCAAUCCCAGAAACAUUCGGUCAGCUUUCUUCUUUGGUCGAAUUCGUGGCGUACACCAACAAUCUUGAAGGGUCACUUCCGAAUUCCAUCGGAAACCUCAAGAACUUGACCACUUUUAGAGCCGGGCAGAAUGAGAUGACCGGAAGUAUACCGACGGAGAUCGGUGGUUGUGAAAGCUUACAGUAUUUCGGUGUUGCUCAAAAUAGUUUUGACGGAAAUAUCCCGAAGGAAUUCGGGCAGUUAACAAAGCUGACCGAUCUAAUUCUCUGGAAUAAUCAGUUAACCGGAAUAAUCCCGAAGGAGCUCGGAAACUGUUCGUGGCUUGAGACGCUUGCUUUGUAUCAAAAUAAUCUCGUUGGUGAAAUCCCGAAAGAAAUCGGGAAACUUAAGUACUUAAAGAAGUUAUAUUUGUAUAGAAACGGAUUAAACGGAACAAUCCCGAAAGAAAUCGGGAAUCUUUCUUUCGCCAUCGAGAUCGAUUUCUCAGAAAACCAUUUAACCGGAGAAAUCCCGACGGAAUUAAGUCAAAUAAAAGGGCUUACUUUGCUUUACUUGUUCGAAAACCAGCUGCAUGGCGUCAUACCGAGUCAACUCAGUAACUUAAAGAACCUUUCAAAGCUUGAUCUUUCGAUAAACUCGCUCACAGGUCCAAUACCGGUGGGGUUUCAGUAUCUUCCCAAAAUGUAUCAGUUGCAGCUUUUUAGCAAUUCGUUAAACGGAACAAUUCCACAAAGAUUUGGGCUUUACAACCGACUUUGGGUGGUUGAUUUUUCCGACAAUAUGUUAACGGGAACAAUCCCGCCGUAUACCUGUCGGAAGGGUAACCUGAUGUUACUGAAUCUUGAAUCGAAUAAUCUUUAUGGAAAUAUCCCAGAUGGAAUUAUUAAAUGCAAAUCGCUUGUUCAGCUUCGUCUCAGUGAUAACAAGAUAACUGGAAGCUUUCCUUCAUCUGUGUGCAAUUUGGCUAAUUUAUCUGCAAUCGAAUUGGGUCAAAACAGGUUCAGUGGUCCGAUUCCCAAUGGAAUCGGGAAUUGUAAAAAGCUACAGCGACUUGAUCUUUCCGGGAACUAUUUCUCAUCGGAGUUACCUAACGAGAUUCAGAAAUUAACCCAUUUGGUGACGUUUAAUAUCUCAUCAAAUUUAAUCACCGGAAGAAUACCUCUCGGCAUUCUCAAAUGCAAGACGCUUCAACGCCUUGAUCUCAGCCGGAACAGAUUUUCCGACGAAAUCCCGCCGGAGAUGGGCGGCCUUUUUCAGUUAGAGCUUCUGAUGAUCUCAGAAAACAAACUUUCCGGCAACAUCCCUCCUGCAAUUGGUAACCUCUCUCGCUUAACUGAAUUACAGAUGGGCGGCAAUUCCAUCUCCGGCGAAAUCCCACCAGAGCUCGGAUCACUUACAAGCUUACAAAUCGCUCUAAAUCUCAGCCACAAUAAUCUCUCCGGCGAGAUCCCUCCUCAGCUUGGAAACCUCAUAUUACUCGAAAACCUUCUCCUCAACACCAAUCAUUUUUCCGGCGAAAUCCCCGCCACCUUUGCAAAUCUUUCAAGCCUAAUGACGUGUAACUUUUCCUACAACAAUCUCAACGGCCCAUUACCUUCCAUACCAUUAUUCCAAAACAUGGCACUCAGUAGCUUCACCGGAAACAAUGGCCUCUGUGGCGGCCCUUUACCGAGCUGUGGCGGAACCACCGGUUCCCUCCCAUCUCCGCCAUCUUUCCGAAGCAUCGAAACUCCCAGGGGCAAAAUCAUCACAAUAAUCGCUGCGGUUGUCGGCGGGGUAUCUCUCAUCCUCAUCAUAAUCAUCUUAUAUUUCAUGAAAAAAACCGCUACACAAAACCUCACCUCUUUGGAAAACGAUACCGAAGGAUCAUCUCCCGUUUCAUCCGACAUAUAUUUCCCGCCAAAAGACGGAUUCAAGUUUCAGGAUUUGGUGGAGGCGACAAGAAACUUCCAUGACAGUUAUGUAAUCGGAAGGGGGGCAGUUGGGACAGUUUAUAAAGCAGUUAUGCAAUCGGGAAGAACAGUUGCAGUGAAAAAGCUUGCUUCAAAUAGAGAAAGUGGGAACAUGGAGAACAGUUUUCAAGCGGAAAUCUUGACACUUGGAAAGAUUAGACAUCGAAACAUUGUGAAACUUUACGGUUUGAAUUGGCCAACUCGGUUUACAAUUGCUCUUGGGGCAGCUCAAGGAUUGGCGUAUUUGCACCAUGAUUGUAAACCCAGGAUUAUUCAUCGCGAUAUUAAGUCGAAUAAUAUUUUACUUGAUGAGAAUGCGGAAGCUCAUGUGGGUGAUUUUGGAUUGGCUAAAGUCAUUGAUAUGCCUCAGUCUAAGUCCAUGUCAGCGGUUGCUGGGUCUUAUGGUUAUAUCGCUCCGGAAUAUGCAUAUACGAUGAAGGUGACAGAAAAAUGCGAUAUAUACAGUUAUGGGGUAGUUCUGUUAGAGCUAGUAACAGGAAGAGCCCCAGUGCAACCACUAGAUCAAGGAGGAGAUCUUGUUACAUGGGUAAGAAGUUACAUCCGAAAGCAUUCAUUGGGUGUUGGGAUUCUUGAUAGUCGUUUGGAUCUUGAAGGAGAUGCACGUACAUCAAAUCACAUGCUUUCUAUCUUGAAAGUGGCAAUAAUGUGCACAAAUAUGUCACCAUUUGAUAGACCUUCUAUGAGAGAAGUUGUGUUGAUGCUAAUCGAAUCAAAUGAAAGAGUUGGAAACCUUGUUUGUACGGUGUACGAUGAUCCUUGUUUGAAAGAUGAACAAUUCUUGUGAUUGGAUGGAAACUUAUUGCUAGGUUUCUAUUAACUAAAAUGAUUAUGAUUCUUAUUUUCUUGGUUUUUGAUCACUUUGUGGUUUACUUAAUUUUAUGAGAUUGUACAUAAUAAUGUUCCUCUUGUGUUACUCAUCGUUUAUAUGAUAUGAUUAACUUAUGUCUUCUGAUCAGAUUUUCAUUGGUG